AUGAAACAGAUUAAUAAUAGUUGGGAAUUUAUGAUAGAUGAAGAUUUCAAUCCUGUCCCACUUUCAUUGCAAUUACUUGAUGGCAGUUCAUUGGGAAGGGAUUAUGAUGCAUUCCAAAGAAUAAAAUCAAAUCUUGAUAAUGCUUUACAAGCAAUUGUUAAUGAAUAUUACCAGGGGUUUAAUAGUUCAAUUGGUACAUUUGGUGGUGUGAUCAAUAAUAUUAGUGACUCUCAAGAAAGAGUAAAGGAGAUGAAAUCAAAUCUUAAAGCAUCUAAAGAAAUACUGUUAUCAAAACGUUCAGAUCUACUUCAAUUAUGGUUUCGUAGUCAACAAUAUAAAGAAAUGAUUCGUAUUCUGGACUUGAUCGAGGAUUUUAAAGAAACGCCUUCUAGAUUAGAAGUUUUAUUGAGAGAAAAACAUUUUCUAACUGCUAGUAGAAUGUUAUUGGAUGCUAUACGUGUUAUGGAAAAAAAAGAAAUGGCUGGUGUUGGUGCUUUAUCAGAUUUAAGAAGAUAUUUGAAAGCUCAACAAACGUCUCUUCAUGAACUUUUAAUUGAAGAACUACAUAAUCAUUUAUAUCUUAAAAGCUCAUAUUGUGAUAGUCGUUGGGUGCAAUAUACAAUAGAUCAAAUUACUUUACCGUCACCCCCAAUGGAAUGGGAUAUGACUACAAAAGAAACUCGCAAAGCAAAUUAUAUGACAAAUGUUCGUAAUAAAAAGAACUUACAAGUCAACACUAGUACACCAUCUAACGUACCAUUUAGUCCAAAAUCUCCCAAAGUAAUAUUUACAACUAUGAAUUUAAAUGAUGAAGAUGACAUGAUUAAAGAAAAUCUUGACAUAAAUCCAGAAACUGAUUCUUUUUAUUACAUGGAAAUCUUAUUGGAAUCUCUUGCUGUUCUCGGUAAAUUGCCUCAAGUACUUGAAAAAAUUACUCAAAGGAUUCCGGUGGAAUUGUAUCAAUUAGUAGAUAAAACAGUUGCAGAGGUUGAGGCAAGAUAUGUUGAUAUUAUUAAAACACACAAUACAAAGAGAUUUGAUAUAACAGAUUUAUACACGCUGGAAAGUUCGGAAAACGAUGUUCAAAUGGAAAUCUUAAAAGAUUUGUUAUGGACUCUUUACUCGAAAUUUUAUGCUGUGCUGCAAGGCCAUAGAUUUGCACUUGAAGUAGUCGAAAGAAUUAGUAAGAGACCUUCUAAUAAUAAGACCACGGAAGAAUCUCAAAUAAUAAAAGUUUAUCCAUUCAUUGAGAUAUGGAAACCAGUUCAAAAUGAAGUUCGUUCAUUAUUAAGAGAAUAUAUAACCGAUGAUGAAAAAGAAUCUGUUUCAAUGAAUGCUCCUGAAGCUUCAAUGCAAGAUUUAAUCAAAGAUAAGAAAGCAAGAGAUGCUACUAAACAAAUUUUUAGAUUUAGUGAUGUAGACGCAAAAUCAUUUAUAGAGCUUGACAAAGAAUACGAGAACGAUGUUACCAAAUCGUUGAAACAAUCACUGCCAGAGAUAUUUUCAAAAAAAGGCGUUGACGAGAGGCAAUUAUCUGUUUUUGUAGUUGAUAGAUUUGCCAAUAAUAAUUCAAAUAUGAUGUCAGCUGGUCAUCGUCUUGUGGUUAGACCGGAUGCUUUUAACAUCUCGGUGUUGUUUAAACCUACUUUGGAGUUUUUGGAAAAAGUUAAAACGAUUAUUCCAAAUAGUACGAGUGGAUCAUCUUCUACAGAUUUUACUGCAUUUCUGGAUGAUUUUGUCUUUAAUGUUUUUCUACCACAAAUCGGGGAUAAAAUAUUUGAAUUAUUUCAUAAAGUUACAACUGAUACUGAAGCAUUUCAAGAAGAUCCAAAUUAUAAAACAUAUAGCCCGUUACCGGUUGUCAAAAGUACAUUUUCAGUCAUUAUGAUUAUAGAAAAUUUAUGUGGUUUGCUUCAAACAAUGAAAAAAAAUAAUGAGGAAUUUAAUAGUAUGAUUAUUACUUUGUGCACACAAUAUUAUGUAAAAUGCUUUGAAUAUUUUCAAGCAAUUGUAUCCAAGAGUUCCCCUUCACCAAAUGAUGCUGGUAAUGAAGUGUCGGAAAGAAGAGCUUCAUCCAUGGCUAAUCAACAGGGUCUUAGUGCUACUUGGGUACAGCAUGAACAUGUCUCGGAGAUUUUGUAUCAGUAUCCUUAUGCUUUUGAUGAUAGUGUUAGAACUAACCAAAAAAGAAAAGCACUUUGCGAUAAAGAAACAGAAAUUGAAUUACGUUUGAAAAAAAAUCGUCAAAUAAGACUUAGUGAAUUGAUUAUGGAUUCUAAAAAAUUGAAGGCACUGGCUAAUAUAUGGUUGGUUGCUAAAAUUUGGGAAUUACGUGGUCAAGUUUCAAAAGCUAAUUUGGAUGAUAGAAGUUUGGCAAAGAUAAAUAGGCGUUGGUCAUCUUUAAAUGAUGCUAUUGGUGCAAACGAUGGAGAGAAAGACAAUGAUAAGGCUGUCCUGCCACUUACUGGAGAAAUGGAAAAUAUUAAUAAUAUUUAUAACAAUGUAGCUGGCAAUUAUCAACUUGAUUAUGAAGCUUAUGAACCAGAUCCAUAUGUAAUAGAAUUAAAUUCUGAUAUUGUAAAAUUUGAUGAAAGCAUUGCAUCAUGUUUAUCAGCACGGGAACAUAAAUUUAUAUUUGAAGGAUUGGAUUCAUUAAUGCAGAAUGUAUUGAUUAAUAAUGCAACAUUUCUUAGAAAUUUAAAUAGUAACGGUGUAUCAAAAAUGACUCGUAAUAUUUUGGCAUUACAACAAAAUUUGAAAAAUAUUGUUGAAGUACCAAAAGAAAUUUCAUUGGAUAAAUCAAGGAUUUAUUAUGAAUUAUAUAAUAUUGGACCUACCAAAAUGUUGGAACAAAUUAAAAAAAAUGAACCAAUUUUUACAUUUGAAGAGUACAAAUUAUUGUUGGAAGUUUUUUAUAAAAUAGAUCCGAACGAAGUGGUAUCAUCAACAUCAAAAGGCGAUGGCCCUUCAUCAAAUAGAAGAUUGUAUAAUGAGAAUCUUUUGGAACUGAAUGAAUUGAUGUUGGAUUAUAUUUAA